GCAGCAGCCACCGACCUGCCAACACUCCCUGACACUCACUCAUCUCCCAGCCUGCCAUAGACCAAUAGCUGCCGGGGAGAACAGCGAGCUGCAAUGGCAAGCUUUUAAUUUUUCUCGCUCUUCUUUUUUCCCCUACAGUGAUAAUCAAGCAAGCGAGAGGAGCGGAGAGCUGAAGACGGGACGCGGAGUUUGGAGAGAGAAAAACGGACUAAAGAAAGAUUUCGUCCUGUUCUUGAACAUCAUCGCCGACCAUCAUUCAUUCAUUACCUUGACAAGCUCUGGCUUUGAUUGACAGCCAGAGUGGCAAAAAGCCAUGAGACACGACAGUUUAGUUACAUGCAGGUUGUUGAUGGGCCGAUUGUAACCUUCAGUUUGCUUUUUGACAUUUUGUUCGACUUUUUUUGUGGGACGAGGAGGAAAACAAGAAAAAUUGCCCAACUCUUUCCGAUGCCUGCGAUCGCUCUUGGAGAAUAGGAGAAUUCACAAAGUUUGGAGAGGGAAUCUACCCCUAAAUCACGUUCUUGCCGGACUGGGAUAUUAAAUAUACGACACAUCCAGGAGUUUAUUGGAGCGCAGCCUGAUGGCGCAGAGGUACGAUGAGUUGGCCCAUUACGGCGCCAUGGACGGAGUCGGAGUCCCGGCGUCCAUGUACGGCGACCCGCACGCGCCUCGGCCGCUGACCCAAGUGCACCAUUUGAACCACGGGCCGCCGCUGCACGCGAGCCAGCACUACGGCGCACAUGCCCCGCAUCCAAACGUCAUGCCCACCAGUAUGGGCUCGGCUGUCAACGACGUUUUAAAGAGGGAUAAAGAUCAAAUUUAUGGUCACCCGCUUUUCCCUCUCCUCGCGCUGGUCUUUGAGAAGUGCGAGCUCGCGACGUGCACACCCAGGGAGCCCGGGGUGGCUGGAGGGGACGUUUGCUCCUCCGAUUCUUUCAACGAGGACAUCGCCGUGUUUGCCAAACAGGUUCGAGCAGAAAAACCUUUAUUUUCUUCAAAUCCAGAGCUGGACAAUUUGAUGAUCCAGGCUAUCCAAGUAUUACGGUUUCACCUUUUGGAAUUAGAAAAGGUGCACGAACUCUGCGACAAUUUUUGCCAUCGGUACAUCAGUUGUUUGAAAGGAAAAAUGCCAAUAGAUUUAGUUAUAGACGAGCGGGACGGCAACUCAAAAUCGGACCACGAGGAACUUUCGGGCUCUUCAACCAACUUAGCCGAUCAUAACCCAGCUUCCUGGAGAGACCACGAUGACGCCACUUCCACACACUCGGCAGGCACGCCAGGGCCCUCCAGUGGAGGACAUGCCUCACAAAGCGGGGACAACAGCAGUGAACAAGGAGACGGCUUAGACAACAGCGUGGCCUCACCUGGUACAGGGGAUGAUGACGACCCAGACAAAGACAAAAAACGGCAGAAAAAACGCGGCAUCUUUCCCAAGGUGGCUACCAAUAUCAUGCGAGCGUGGCUCUUCCAGCAUCUCACACACCCGUACCCUUCAGAAGAACAGAAAAAGCAGCUAGCCCAAGACACAGGCCUCACCAUCUUACAAGUAAACAACUGGUUCAUUAAUGCCAGAAGAAGAAUAGUACAACCCAUGAUCGACCAGUCGAAUCGAGCAGGUUUUCUUCUUGAUCCUUCAGUGAGCCAAGGAGCAGCAUACAGUCCAGAGGGUCAGCCCAUGGGCAGCUUUGUGCUGGAUGGCCAGCAACACAUGGGAAUCCGACCAGCUGGUCUGCAGGGCAUGCCAGGGGAGUACGUACCUCAGAGUGGUCCUAUGGGCAUGAGCAUGGCACCGCUACCUUAUCCUCAUCCACCUCCUCCUCCCCAGAUGCCACCUCACCUAUCCCAGCUACGACACGGACCCCCGCUGCACUACGUUCCAGGCCACGCGCCUCCUCACCCCGCCAUGCUGAUGCACGGAGGACCUCCUCCUCAUCCCGCAAUGAGCAUGUCUGCACAGAGCCCCCCUAUUCUCACCCCCAUCAACCACAGCACUGGUGGCCAAGGCCUGGACAUUCAUGCCCAGUAGUGUAAAGGGAACCAGACCAGAGCAAGCGUGAACACAUCUCUGACACCCCCAACUCCCCACUUAAAUGAUUUUGUGACUAUUUUUAAAAACACAGAGGAAAAAAAGGAACAAUUUUGACCAGAAAUAUGGAAUUCCAGACGAGCUGUGAUAAUUUUUUUAUCUUGUCAAUUUUGUUACUUUCACCGACGGAGGACCAAGCUGACAAGAACACUUUGUAAAGUCUUGGGCUUUUGUUAAAUAUCAACAGAAGAUGUAACUUAGAUAAACACUCACACACGCAACACUCAUGAACAUAGUCAAGCACUCUUGUUCAAACCGUUUUAAACAAAGUAUUCUGAAAGAUUAAAAAGACAAAAGACUCCAAGAGUUACAUCUACUGUAGUAUAAAAGUAUAGACACUAAGUUAAAACUUGUGCAUUUUGGUUUAUCCUCAGUUUAUGUUUCUUGAGCUAGUACUAGAACUAAAGGUUAACCCCUGCUUUUCACACUGUGUGUGCUGUACCCUGAGGGAGAGGUGGUCUCAAAGCAACAAUAAAAAAUGAACACAUACAUACAGUCAGGCCCGACCGGGAAGCGGACCCACAGAAGUAGCACUCGAGUAGAGAAGCUGCUGAUCGAAGCCUUUCUGUCCGAUCCAAGCCCUACCUUUCUUUUAGGCCUAUUUUUGGUUCAUGAAUGAAUGUUUCCCUGUAGCUAAAGUUCUUAGUUUGAAUUGCCCAAGCACUGGAUUGUGUUGGUUUUAUACAUUUUUAUUUUAUUAUUAUUAUUAUAAUUUUUUUGUAAUAUGGACUCUGAGCAGAAGAGCCUAUUGAAGGAAGUAUAUCCGUUGAAAAGCAACAUCCCCCAGUAGUUUCCAUGCCUCUGGAUCAACACACGCACCAUAUGGACUGCACACUACACUCACUAUGGUGGAUUCUUUGGCACUUAGAGAAGCUGUUGAUGGUUGAUGCACCAAAAAACUAAAACUUCGAAAAGAAGAUGGAAAAAAAUGAACUUCAGUUAUGAACUCAAUGCUUGGAGAAAAGCUAAGAGAAUAUUGUAACAAACUUCUUACAGAGUUCAGUCUAUUAAUUGUUACCUGUUAGAUAUUCUAUGUGUUUACCUCAAUUGAAAAAAAGAAUGUUUUUUGCUAGUUUCAGAUCUGCUGUGGCAUUGAUAUUGUAUGUCCAUGAAUUCCUUCCUUUUUCAGCACGUGUUCCUCACUAGAUGAUAAAAUGCUGUCUCCCUUAAGCUUUGUCAAAAAAUACAUUAAAUACUUGUAUAAGGACUGUGACGUAAUGUUUCAAAGGUGUUCAGUCACAAAUGCUGUAAUAAAUAUUUCAUUUUUGAUUUUGUUAUA